UGGAAAACACCCUGGGCUAUAAAUCAUGAAAUAAGAUAUGAUUAAAAUGUGAUAUUUACCCAAGAAUUCUCAACCGAUGAACAAAACUGGGAGCUCUCUUGCACAACGUAUGUUCUCACGUCGCUAACACGAGAGAGUGCCGAAAAGCAGGUGUCGCAAAACUCCGGUUCUUAAAGGGGCCUGUUAAAUUUAUGACUAGAGUUAAAUGAAUGACUAGAGUUAAAUUACAUUAAAUUUCUCCACUUGGCUACAUUUAAUUCAUGAUAUAGGCCACCUAUAUGUGUUUGGCUUUAUGAGGGGAAGUUAGAGGGGGGUUUUCCCCUCUGGAUCACUGUGUUCUUUUUAGUCUGAAAUAACCUAAUGUGAAAUGUCUUUAACUGUGACCUUUUAAGCCCAAGAGGCAGGAAGGUGGUUUGAUGCUUCAAUCAGGAAGAGUGCCAUCAUAGAUCUCCUGAAGAAUAAUCUGACAGAAUAAUUCCAGUCACAAUCCGGAUCUGAGGAUUUUCACUGUAAGCCACACAGCCAUAUUCAGACAUAAAAAGGGCAGGAAGAGCCUCUGCAAUCCUCCUAAGACAGUGGUUCUUCAUGUCUCUAAGUUAAGGAAACAGGUUGUAUGCCUUUUAUCUCAACCUUCGGUUAAGCUCUACUUGUAUGAGGAUCAGUUUCAGAAAAUGGAGCCAACAGCAUUCAGCACUAUUGCACCAGCAGGUGCUUUGCCCAGUGAUUUAGUCAAUGAUGACAUCAUGCCAAGAAUGGGCUAUACCAUUUUGGCAGUCAUCAUUGGUUUCUUCUCCUUUUUUGGUGUCAUAUUGAAUGUGACUGUGAUCAUUGUGACGUUACAGCAUCGGCAGCUCCGUCAGCCACUGAACUUUGCUCUGGUCAACCUCGCUGUGGCUGAUCUUGGCUGUGCAACAUUUGGGGGGCUGCCAACCAUGGUGACGAAUGCCAUGGGCUACUUCAGCCUGGGCAGGCUAGGAUGCGUGCUGGAGGGUUUCGCUGUGGCAUUCUUUGGUAUUGCUGGCCUUUGCUCUGUUGCGAUCAUUGCGGUUGAGCGCUGCAUGGUGGUUUGCAGACAGGUGGGUUCAAUUACGUUUCAGAUGAGGCAUGCGGUAACAGGAGUUGUCGUUGCGUGGGUCUGGUCUUUUCUCUGGAACACUCCGCCACUGUUUGGAUGGGGCAGAUAUGACCUGGAGGGUGUGAGGACGUCAUGCGCUCCAGACUGGUACAGCAGAGAUGCAGGCAACAUCUCCUAUAUCGUGUGCUACUUUCUACUGUGCUUUGCGCUGCCUUUCUCCGUAAUUGUGGUCUCCUACACACGCCUCCUCUGGACUCUACGACAGGUGAGCAAACUGAAAAUAUCAGAGGGAGGAAGUACUGCCCGAGCAGAGAUGCAAGUGGCCUGUAUGGUGGUGGUCAUGGUGAUGGCCUUCCUGCUCACCUGGCUUCCAUAUGCAGCAUUUGCAUUGUCUGUGAUCCUGAACCCAAUGCUUCACAUUGACCCACUCAUCGCCACAGUGCCCAUGUAUCUGGCCAAGAGCAGCACUGUUUUCAACCCCAUCAUCUACAUAUUCAUGAACAGACAGUUCAGAGAGCGAGCUGUGCCGUUCCUGCUCUGCGGCAGAAACCCGUGGGCUGCUGAGCCAGUGGAAUCAGAGGAGACGACAGUCUCAACUAUCAGCAAGAGCAACAUGGUGUCACCUUCAUAAUUAUACACAGCCCUUCCACACAAGCUCUUACCAGACCUGUAAAAUAUAACUCCCAAGAGCUUCUAACAAAGGUCUAAAGGUUGU